ACUGGGGAGAGCGGACGGAGAUGCCCAGAGGGGCCGGGAGAGACGGGAAACAGACAGACAGAGAGAGGGGAGCAGGCAGGGAGCAGAGCGUGGAGACACCCCCAGAGUUGGUGGAGAAAGAGUGGAGAGAGUGUGCGGGCAGGGGAGAGGGGCCGGCGACCCACAGAGACGGGACAGGGAGGGGGAGUCCCACCCCAGAGACCCAAGUGCAAGACAGAGACAGGGAGGGUGGAGAGAGAGAGACGGGGAGAGAAGGAGACAAAGACGCACAAAGAGAGAGGAUAGACGGAGCAAGAGAGAGGCUGACAGAAAGGUGUUCUUGUAGAAGGAAGGAGAGACUGGGGUUGGCUAAAGAGAGGGGAAGAGAGGGUGCGGGGAGUAAGGGCUAUCACCUGGGAAGCACAGCAGGGAAUACACCCAGAGGGUGGCAGGAGGGCACAGAGAGGCAGAGACACUCCUCCAGCUAGACAGACCCGGACAGACAAGGGGCGACUGAGGCUGACCUUGCAGACGAGCUUCCAUCCCUUGGCUCUGCACGAGAACCUGUGGGGUGCAGGGGGCUGGUUGCUCUCUGGGGAGCCCUGACGGGGGGGGGGGUCCCGCCCAAGGGCCACCCCACAUCAGGAAGCCCUGAGAUGGAGCGCAGGGCCUCCGAGACCCCUGAGGAUGGGGACCCAGAGGAGGACACAGCCACAGCCCUCCAACGGCUGGUGGAGCUGACGACCAGCAGGGUGACCCCGGUGAGGAGCCUUCGGGACCAGUACCACCUCAUCCGGAAGCUGGGCUCCGGCUCCUACGGCCGCGUGCUCCUCGCCCAGCCUCACCAGGGGGGUCCAGCUGUGGCUCUGAAGCUCCUGCGUCGGGAUUUGGUCCUGAGAAGCACCUUCCUGAGGGAGUUCUGUGUGGGCCGCUGCGUCUCUGCACACCCAGGCCUGCUGCAGACCCUGGCAGGACCCCUACAGACCCCCCGCUAUUUUGCCUUCGCCCAGGAGUACGCGCCCUGUGGGGACCUCAGCGGGAUGCUGCAAGAAAGGGGCCUCCCAGAACUGCUGGUGAAGCGGGUGGUGGCCCAGCUGGCAGGAGCUCUGGACUUCCUCCACAGCCGGGGGCUGGUCCACGCAGAUGUCAAACCUGACAACGUGCUGGUCUUCGACCCGGUCUGCAGCCGUGUGGCCCUGGGAGACCUGGGUCUGACCCGGCCAGAGGGCAGCCCGACCCCUGCCCCACCAGUGCCUCUGCCCACGGCACCGCCUGAGCUCUGCCUCCUGCUACCGCCCGACACCCUGCCUCUGCGGCCAGCCGUGGACUCCUGGGGCCUGGGGGUGCUUCUCUUCUGUGCUGCCACUGCCUGUUUCCCUUGGGACGUGGCACUGGCCCCCAACCCUGAGUUCGAGGCCUUCGCUGGCUGGGUGACCACCAAGCCUCAGCCACCUCAGCCACCACCACCCUGGGACCAGUUUGCGCCCCCAGCCCUGGCCUUGCUCCAGGGGCUUCUCGACCUGGAUCCCGAGACUAGGAGCCCCCCACUGGCUGUCCUGGACUUCCUGGGGGACGACUGGGGGUUGCAAGGGAACAGAGAGGGACCUGGGGUUUUGGGGAGCGGCGUGUCCUAUGAGGACGGGGAGGAGGGAGGCUCAAGCCUGGAGGAGUGGACAGAUGAGGGUGAUGACGGCAAAAGUGGUGGGAGGACGGGGACAGAUGGGGGAGCUCCCUGACCAGGUGACGGAGACAGGUGGCCAGAGCCUGGGCCAGAGGCCCUUCCCCCAGCCCCCAGGGCCACCUGGAUGGAGAGACAGCUGCACCCGGGAGGACAGAGAGGGAACACAUUGCACUCUCCCUACGGAACGCUGGGCUUGGACGCGCAUUCCUCUUCCAACUGAGGACCCAAGAGCCCAGCUCCUGCCCCUCCUCUCUCAGACGCAGGAUCCAGGCUCCCAGCCCUUCCUCCCUCAAGGACCUUUCCUCUUCCCUCCGUCCAGAGUGUCUUCUUUUUUAUUUUUAUUUUUUUUAGACAGAAUCUCGGUCUGUGACCCAGGCUGGAGUGCAGUGGCGCCAUCUCAGCUCACUGCAAGCUCUGCCUCCCGGGUUCACGCCAUUCUCCUGCCUCAGCCUCCCGAGUAGCUGGGACUACAAGCACCCGCCACCACGCCCAGCUAAUUUUUUGUAUUUUUAGUAGAGACAGCAUUUAACCUUGUUAUCCAGGAUUGUCUCGAUCUCCUGACCUCGUGAUCCACCCGCCUCAGCCUCCCAAAGUGCUGGAAUUACAGGCGUGAGCCACCGCGCCCAACCCAGAGUGUGUCUUCUUGAAGGAAGGCACUGGUCCCCCAUCACCACCCACACCCUGCCUUGUGUGUUUCUGUGCUCUGAGGACAUGCUGAAUGCUCAUCAUGGACCUCUUUUUCUUUUUCUUUUUUCGAGGAGUCUCGCUCUGUCACCCAGGCUGGAGUGCAGUGGUGCGAUCUCGGCUCACUGCAACCUCCCCCUCCCAGGUUCAAGUGAUUCUCCUGCUUCAACCUCCCAAGUAGCUGGGAUUACACCCGCACCACCACACCUGGCUAAUUUUGUAUUUUUAGUAGAGGUGGGGUUUCACCAUGUUGGCCAGGCUGGUCUCGAACUCCUGACCUCAGAUGAUCCACCCGUCUUGGCCUCCCAAAGUGCUGGGAUGACAGGCAUGAGCCACCACGCCUGGCCAUCAUGGAGUUCUGAUGGGAUCACUCCUCUCCUCUAAGACCUUCCGUGGCUCCCGCUGUCCAUGUCACAAGAUCUGAACUUUAGGAUCCGACACCAUAUAAACCUCACCCUCCACCUCUCCCAUUUCUCUGGGCUGUGGGUGAUGUCAUGGGCGCCACUCAUCUGUUCUGGACCUAAAUCUACACAUGUGAGAACACACACACACACACGCACAUACACGUGCAUGCGCACACACGCACACACACGCGCACACGCACACGCAUAUGCACAUGCGUGCACACACACACGCAUGCACGCACAGCUGCUGCCAGACAUUGGCGCACUGUGUGGCCUCCGAGAGCAUCUUCCCCCUGUCCCAUGGCUCCAGAAAGCGGCCCCCACCCCCAGCCCUCUCUGGCCUCCUGGGGAACUUGUAUUAGAACAAUCCGUGUCUCUUUCUGACUGUCCAGGCUGGACCUGGUCUUCUCCGUAUUUAGAUCCUUCCCAGUUCUGCUCCCACAGAGCACCAUGGACUGUGAUUGUCCCAGCUCCAUCCCCCUUUCUCAGACCCGUCAAUCCUAAGAGCCAGGCCUGGUACCCAUGGGUCUCCUUCCUCACCAAGGCCAGCCCGCGCCCCGCAGUCCCACGGCACCUCCCAGACAGGACACGGAGCCUGGCUUGUGGAGGUUCACGCCUGCAGGACGAGGACGAACUAGAUCCAAAUCCAAGACCCCAGCACCCAGCGGAGGGUCCAGAACUGGAAACUGUGUUUCCUAAGCAGGAAGGUAUGCUUCCAGGCUGGGAAGUGAGCUCACUACAUACGGACACGGCAUCCUGGGCUCGAUCCAUCGUGGAAGCGCUGCUGAAAUAACAGUCUGGUGUUGGCCCAACUGUGAGCCUCGUAGUUUUGACGAAUGUCUCACGGUUUGCAUCGCGAUGCCGACACCGGGGGAGGCUGGGGGAGGGUGCAUGGGAACUCUCCGCAGGAUCUUGGCAACCAUUUU